AUGCCCGCGGAAGGCCUCGUCGUCGGACGUGGCCCGACCUGCAAGAGCCGGAGCGUGAGUCACGUCCAACGAUGUAGCACGAAGGGUGAAGGAGAGGUGGGGGAGUGGGAGACAAACGAGAGGCACGGGCUACAAGCACGUAGCCCGCUUUGUGAACUCCCCGCCAUUCUCGCCCACUCGCUUGCCCUUCUGGACGCCCGCCCGCCCAUCCUACCGCCUCUACCGCCCUCGAACUUGCCUGGCAACGUUGGCCAUCGACGCACACACUAUGCGCUACCCUUCCACACACAUACACACGUGGCCCAUCCUUUCGCGAGCGCCAGCCCGACCAGCCUUUACGACUCGCGCGCUCACACUCCACUCCCUUCCCCUCGUUUAACGAGCGCCGCUACGCACCGCAGUGGUCUCGUCGACCGCACGUCCCCCGCGCCCGGCCCAUUCAUAUAUUCCUCCACCUGCUUUGCCGGCUACCGCAGCCCCCACAAAUCGGCGAGUCUCCCAGGCCCCUCGUCCUCCCUCUACGUCGUACCCCGCACUCUCCCGACCCUCACCAGUGCCCACACGCGCAGGGUUGUGCACUUGCGCGCCCGCCUCGCCCUCCAGCCGCUGUUGGACCCACCGACCAUCCCUGAAGAUCGCCCUCCCACUCCGCUAUCCCCCACCCUCAGAACAGCGGGUGCUGUGCGGCGUCGCCCCGCUUGUAUGACUCCACCGUCCACCUUCCGUCCCCCGCUUUCGCCGUCGCAGCCGGCCAGCCCCGUGAGUCUGCGACUCAGCCUCCCCGUCCUUCCCCUCCAACUACUACCUGGCCUCUCUCGGCUGCUCCAUGCGUAG